CGAGAAGUAAUUAGUAAUCUGGGGUUUAUUUUAAUUUUAUUAAUUUAAUAAGUGAUUAAAAAUAAAUAAAAAUGGAACGAUGGCGAGGAAAAGUAGCUGUUGUCACAGGAGCAAGUGCAGGAAUUGGAGAAGCUAUUACUAAGGAUCUUGUGGAGGCAGGAUUGACGGUCGUGGGCUUGGCAAGAAGAAAGGAAAAAAUGGAGGAAAACGCUCAAUCAAUGAACCUGAAGAAUGGAGGCAAAUUUUAUGCCCGCAAAUGCGAUGUUUCCAAAGAACAAGAUAUAUUGGAUACAUUUUCAUGGAUUAAAGAAAAUCUUGGCGGUGUUGAUGUCUUGGUUAAUAAUGCUGGAAUCGUCAGAAUGAAUAUGUUGACGAAUUCCGGUAAUUCAGAUGAUUUACGAAGUGUAUUAGACGUGAAUGUGCUGGGACUUUGUUUUUGCACAAGAGAAGCCUUUAAUUCCAUGAAAGAACGUGAUGUUGCUGGACACAUUUUUCACAUAAAUAGUGUGGUUGGUCAUUCGAUACCAUUGGUUCCAAAUGUUCCUCCUACCAUGAACAUGUAUCCUGGUUCUAAACACUGUGUGACUGCACUUACUGAGACACUUAGACAAGAAAUGAUGUAUUUGAAGAGUAAAACUAAAAUUACUAGUAUUAGUCCAGGCGUAGUUUUAACGGAAAUUUUCGAUGCAGCAAUGGAUGAAGAAAAAAAGCAAGAAUUUUUAAAAUAUAAUCCAUAUCUUAACCCAGAAGACAUUUCUCAAGCUGUCCUUUACUGCUUAAGUACACCUGAACAUGUCCAGGUGCAUGAACUUACAAUUAAACCUGUCGGGGAGAAGUUUUAAUAAUAAUCUUAUAGUACAAAAUUUAAAUGAAG